AUGCACUCAUCAAAAUUUAAAGCUCAGGAAAAUAAAUAUAUUGACAAUUUCAAAGAAUUUCCAGAAGAGGAAAACACAGGAUUCGUUCGUCGAUUAUUCAGAGACAUGUUACAAACGGUCAAAUCGGAAAUGCAGUGUAAUCCUAACGAUUACCUCCGCCUGAACCUACGUCACAAUUCUUUGGAUUCAGAGAUUUGUCAGAAACCCGAACAUCCAGACCCCGAAUGGGAAAAACGAUGGAAACGCAUGAGAUUAGGAGAUUUUAAGUCCUUGGACCAGAAACAAGAAGCAAUAGCCCUCAUGAAACAAGCCAGGUCUGAUAUCAAUCAACCUUGUAGACCCAAAGAAUGGGAAAAAUUACAACAGGUAUUAGCUCCUCGCUAUCAACUGAAAAUAUUUCAGUUCAAAUCCACUUCGACUAAACUCUGUUUAGAGCCUAUUUACAAAGGCUGGGGAGAUCGAACUUAUUUGAACAUUUUGUUAGACGAAGAGCAUUGCGAUGCCAUCCUAUCCAUGCCGGGAGUAACGGGGAACCAAUAUUACUGUGAUCAUUGCGAUGUGGGGUACAGUCAUGUCACAGACCAUCGGACCAAGUGCCCUCAUCGAUGUCCUUUUUGUUUAGGACACCCUAAAUGUCCCAAAGACGGGACCCACAUUAAAUGUCAGCAAUGCAAAGGAAUUUUUAAGAACAGGACCUGCUACGAAAAUCAUUUAAGACCCCAUAGUAAGAAGACCACCACCAGUGUCUGCAGUUUAAUGGGACUAUGCGAGAAGUGUCUGUCUUGGAUACCUAAGAAAUUAUUUCCUCAUCACAAGUGCGGAUGA